CAGCAGUCGACAAUUCAUUCUGGGGGAAAAGGAGAACAGUUAAACGGCACAUUAUGAUGGAGCAAGACUGCGGCUCUCAUUCGUGACAUCCAUCCAUCCAAACCCACCCCCCAAGACCAGCAAGCGAAACAGAGCGAGGACAAAUCGAACAUCAGAUAGAUGCGUGGCUGAGACACGCAAUGGCCAAGUGAGUGAGUGAGUGAGUGAGUCAGACACCCUCAAGAUUCUCCCCCCAUAUCCAUCCAUCCAUCAGCACAGGCAGGGCAGGCUCAUCUGCCGAUGCAGCCGCCGUGAGCCCUGUGAGGGCUCUGAGGCUUCGUUCGACAGACCGUAGGAAACGGGCAGCGGCUGCAUUGCUCGUGAUGCUCGGCUGCUCGGCGUCAUGCUCAGCCGCACCGUGCGCGACGACGACCCGAAUCCGCCGCACAUGCGGGGCACAAACAUGAAUGCGCACCGCGUGCAGGGAAACGAGGGGGACCUUGCCAGGGAUGAGGAUGAGCCGUCUCGUGGAGACAACAGAUGGUCCUCCUCCUCUGCCGUGAGGGGCAGAAUGGAUCUCUUGCGCGGCGGACGAGACACACGGCUGAUCACGGCCUGGGCUCCCACCAUCAAGGCGGUACCCAGCCGUCUGCCGAGCCAUUGGAGGGCGACGCGCAGCCACGUGAGGGCGACGAUGAUGGCAUAGGGGAGGUGCCAGUCGAAGACGACCACCUCGUCGCUGAUUUCUCUCUUGCAGAACGGACAGAGAAGCGACGGAAUCGGCGGACGCUCCCAAAACGAUCUCUGUUGGUUGAUGCCAGCCAGAGACACCCACAAACGAGCAGAUACCUCACGUGUCUCAUGUGUCUCAUGUGUCUCUUCUCAUUGCUGAACUCCCCAGUAAGGCGCACCUGACUGAUGAAUAAGAAACACUUGAGGUGGAUGGGAUGGAGGCGGCAGGAUGCGUGGCCCGUGGGGGGGAUAACCUUGGUGUGCCACCAGCGGAACUCCAUGAGGCAGAUGGGGCAGUCGUCGGUCUCUAUCCGCUUGGAUGGCGAGUAGGAGGGAGGAGUGGGCCGCUCGAAGGCCAGGAAUGUGCAGCCGAGCAGAUACAGGGGGCACAGCAGAGCUAAGGCAAACUGGAGAUGGAACAGAGCAUCCCACAACAGGAACGAACCCAGCCUGCACACAGAGACACGAAGGAAGAGACAGACACGUCAAGCAGACCCAUCCCAGUCAGUACUAUGACAUGGUCUGUCUGUGUGUGAUUCUGUCCAUUCAGCUGUGCCCUCACUCACAGCAAGAGAUUCAAGGUCGUCACAUCACAGUAGGGCCGUUUCCCGCCGUGUAUCUCCUCCCUAGCCACCUCCUCCCAGGCCAUCCAGUAGAGAAACCCAAUCCCCUGAAGCCACACCGUGCACGCCGUCAGGAAUAUCAGCUGCGCCACAAACGCCCUCUGGAAGGCCGCCCCCGCCCUCUCGUCUGCUCUGGCCCUUGUCCUUCGCCACUCGUCAACAGCAUCGAGAACACGCCUCAAGAGCAGAGCGAUGGUUCCGGUGGAGAAGAAAAUGCCAAUGCUCGUGAGGUCACGGAGAAGGAUGUCCCACGAGACGUCAUCUGGCUGAAGAGGGGCAGCGGCUUCGGUGGGCGGAGGGGCGGGCAGGGUGAGGGAGUUGUGGGCCAGGUCAUCAGAGAGGGUGUCUGUCGGGAACGUGUGCAUGAUGCAGAAGCGUUGGAUCCGGCCCCGUUAGUCAAUUCCAGCCCAACAGCUUCAAUCAGU